AUGGCGGCGGCAUACAACCAGUUCCUGGCCUCGCCCAGCUCCUCGCUGCUGGCUGACAGCGCGUCGCUGCAUUAUGUUCCAACCACCACCACCUUCUCUGGCGCAACGGAGGUUAUCAAGCAUCUGAACUCGCUGCACAGACAGCUCAAGAUCAAGAAGCAGGACAUCCUCACUGUCAUCGAGGGCGAGUCCGCGGCUGUCAUCGAGGUUGACACCACACUCGAGUUUAUCACGAGCGGGGGCGCCUACCUACCCGGUCUCGACGACAACUUCUUAAGCGACCGCGUCGCAUACCUGCCAAUUACCCAUCUCGUUUUCUUCAACGCGGCCGGCAAGAUUUCGCAGAUCCGUCUCCAGUGGGACCAGGGUGCGCUGCUCAAGCAGAUCGAGAUCAUUGGAAAGUCCGGUCGAAACUGGCCUAUCAAGGACAACAGAGAGCAGAUCAAGUUGAUCCAGAGCUGCCAGAAGGCAGUUGCGGCUGGAACCGGAGCCGCUAGUAUCCCGCAAAACCAAAACGAACACCUUAACCGAGCGCGAGGAAACUCUACACAUGCCCUCCGUGACCCCCAUGCCACUUUACACAUGAUGGCCUCGAGGGAGGAGAUUGAGAACGAGUCUAUGGCGUCGGUAGUUUCUCCAUUCGGCGGCAAACGCCCUCAGCAGAGAUCUUUCACCCAAAUCCUAGGCGACGAGCCAGAGGAAGAGGAUUCUCCCAGCGCCAACAGGCAUUCUACUGUUUCGCCCGCAAAGGCUGGCCAGGGCAAGAACUUCCAACCCAUGCGUUUAUUUGACAGGGAUCAGGAGCACCCUGAGGACGAAGACACUCCCAAAGGGCGCCCAUCAAGCCAGUACAUCCGCCCCAACCCACGAAAGUUCCAGCACUUUGACUUCGCGGACGGAUCUGACCCACAGGAUGCCCCUGAGGCUGGUGUCACGAUUGACAAGCGUCAAAAAUCCAAGCAUGAUAGCCAGUGGGAUUUCGAGGAUUUCGUCACUCCCUCAAAGCCAAAGCCUUCUAAGGGUGUUCGUUAUCAAGAUGUCAGGCACUGGGAUACUGAUCGAGAGGUUCUCAAGGGUGAGACCCCUGCCCCACCAGCUGGCAAGGGUCGUCGCGAUGCCGAGUCGCACUUCGAGUUGCAAGACGAUGGGGAGAGGGUUGUCCACCCCAACAACAAAAACAUGCGCCAACGUGGCUCGGUUCACAACGAUCAAUUAAAUCUCUACAAGGACCGAACUCUGCAAGAGGGGGCCAGCCCAGAACCUAACAAGGCCCUGGGCAACAUUACCAACCUGGCUCACCGCGGUAAGGACUUCGACCCUCACUUCACCAUGACGGAUGAUCCCGCCCCCGAAGAGGCCCCUGCAUCACGGCAUGUUCCUGAGGGACGCCAAAAGGCUGUCAAGAUGAUGGGUGCCAACUGGUCCGCCUACGACGAGUCCCCUAAGCAAAAGGAGAACCAGACAGGGGCCCCCACAGCCAAGGAUGACUCUCGUAUUCACAUUGCCGGUGACGGAAUGGGAGGCCGAAAAGGAACCAACCGAGAUUGGCUCUACGGCGAGGAGGCAGAGCAGCAGGCUCCCAAGCCUGCCCCCACGCGGAAGACGGGCCUCACAUCUCAGCAGAGGAGUUUCUGGGAUUUUUAA